CAACGAAGAGCCUCAACAGGCUUCCAUCAUGUAUCCACAAACCCCACUCGGCUACUCGGGACCGAUGACCUUCGGGCAUGGUGGUGUUAACCCCGGGGAGGGGAUUGAGGACCUCUAUGCCGUGAUGCAGCCGCAGUGGACCGGAUUGGAAGCUUCGCCUUAUGGAGGAAUCAACCAUCCGUAUACUACAACUACAGCCUUCCCCACCGGCUCCAUCCUCACCCCUAUCAGCCUUCCCGACAGCUCUUUCAGACCAAGUCCGGUACUCAGUCAUCAUUCGCAAGAGUUCCAAUACAGUAUCAGCGAUACUGUUCCAUCUCAAGGACUAGGUAUCACGGCUCCAUUUCCGAGCAACUUCCCUCGCACUGUGACUGCGGGCCUCGGCCAUACCAUAGAUCAGCUCGAGUAUGGUCUGGGCGAGGUGGGUCACUCGCCCCGGCCCCGGCCAGCAAAGAGGGCCAGGCGCGGCCCCAAGCAGGCAGCCACACCUCGGGAGGCCCCCGUAACGAUACUUCCCAACCCCGAAGGUCUCCAGCGACUGGAACAGGAGCGAAGACAAGGGGCAGCCGAAGCCCAGCAGCAACAGCGGCCUCGAGCCCCGGGAAGGGGGCGCAGAGACCCGCAGGCGGAGGAGGAAGAUGCAUUCGUGGAGAGACUGCGGGAACAGAACCUCGCAUGGAAGGUCAUCCGCGAAAUGUUCCGGGAGAAGUUCCAUAAGGAUGCAUCCGAGGCGCGGCUGCAGAUGCGCAUGCUACGGCGGCGCAAGGAGCGCCUGGCUCGGUGGGAUGAGAACGAUGUGAUCAUUCAGAUCCGCCUACUCAUCCGGGCUCGGGAUUAUUGGGAGCACGAGAAGUAUAAUGUGAUUGCUCAAAAGAUGAGGGAGCUUGGUGCCGGGCAGUACACUCCGCAGCAGUGCGAAGCGCAGCUGCGGUAUCUUGACGCGCAAAACCGGGAUCGGAGUGGCCUGGCUGCGCGGCCACGAAUAUCUGAGCCUUCGCAGACACGACGACGAGUCUGGCCUCGUUCAUCGUCUCAGAGCCUGGCCGGUGAAACCAGAAAAUGAUUAUUCUUGUUAUAAAUGCAUCUGUGGGUUCCAGGAGCAUGUUGAGGCGCAUUAUGGCUUGGUUGGAGCUUUUUUUCUUUUUUUCUUUUUGCCUUUCUUGAUUCCCUUGGGCUAAUGAUACGCCGGGCUGGACUACAAUCGACGAUUUGCAUGGUAGCGUUUUCUUGUAAUUGUCACACUCCUUUCUGUUGGUUUUCGUGUUCAUCUUGAUAUUACUAUACCCUGUGACCGAACGAGUACGAAAUGAGAUAUCAAAAACGAUAAUAAAUCAAACCCUUACAGCAUGA